GCUAAAAAGCAAUACAUGGAUGGAAUCAAUAUAGACAUUGAACAAACAGUUAAAAAGCCUUCAGCUGAAUAUUAUGCAUUAACUGCUUUAGUUAAGGAAACAACAGAAAUUUUUCACAAAGAAAUUCCUGGUUCUCAGGUAACUUUUGAUGUACCUUGGUCUCCUGAAUGUGUAGACAGUAGAUGUUACAACUAUACUGGAAUUGCUGACUCCUGUGAUUUCCUGUUUGUGAUGUCUUACGAUGAACAGAGUCCAUUGUGGUCCAGUUGCAUAGCAGAGGCCAAGGCCCCUUACAAACAAACUUUAGUGGGAUAUGAUCAUUAUAUUCGCAUGGGCAUUAAUCCAAGGAAACUGGUGAUGGGCGUUCCAUGGUACGGCUAUGAUUAUAUAUGCUCAAACUUAUAUAAGGAUCAUGUUUGCUUCUUUGCAAAGAAUGUUUUCCCAGGGGCUCCGUGCAAUAAUGUCACAAUAAGACAAGUCCCGUAUAGAAUCAUCAUGACAUUGGAGAAGACUUCUACUUCUGGGAUUCUGUGGGAUGAGGAACAAAAAGCUCCCUUUUUAGAAUACAAGGACUCAAAGGGUGCCCUUCACCAACUGUGGUUUGACAAUGCCAAGAGCAUUUCUCUGAAAGCAGCCUACGCAAAGGAAAAUGGUCUGAGGGGCAUUGGGAUGUGGAAUGCAAAUUGCCUGGAUUACUCAGCAAUCGUUGCAGCUCAACAGCAAACGGAAGCAAUGUGGAAAGCCUUGAAAGGCAUAUAAUUUAUGCAAGAGCCAGACUUGAAUUCAGACAGAAGUGAAUGAUUAAUUAAGUUUUUAAAUGGGUACAGUAUAGUGCACAGUAAAAAGCUGUGAAGACUACUUGCUGUUCAUUUAUCUUGUUCCAUUAGAUACAUGCGAAGUUCCUCAGGGUUGUGGUAUUUUAUUUCCCAUUAAGAAAAAGAAUUUACAUCAAUCAUUCUAAGCAUGUCCUCUAAUUCCAG